AUGCCUGUGCCUUCUCAUUAUAUAUUUUUGACUGGCCUAUUUUUGCUAACUGUGGCCAAUGUAGCUUUGGGAACUACAGAGGCCUGUUUGCCGGCUGGGGAGAAAAAAAAUGGGAUGAAUAUAAACUUUUACCAGUAUUCCCUAAAAGAUUCAUCUACAUACUCAAAUCCGUCAUAUAUGGCUUAUGGUUAUGCUGAUAGAGAAAAACUGGGUUCUGUGAGCGGACAAACGAAACUUUCCAUCGAUUAUUCCAUCCCAUGUAACGGCGCAUCAGAUACUUGCGCCUGUUCCGAUGAUGACGCUACUACAGAUAAUGCUUCCCAGGUCGUACCUGUGAAGCGUGAUGUUAAACUUUGUUCCGAUAAUACAACUCUUUCUUCUGCAACUAAGAAACGUGAAAGUGAGGAUUGUGACCAAGGCGCUGCCUACUGGAGUUCAGAUCUGUUUGGCUUCUAUACAACACCUACCAAUGUAACUGUGGAAAUGACAGGUUACUUUUUACCACCAAAAACUGGUACCUAUACAUUUGGCUUCGCUACCGUAGAUGAUUCGGCAAUUUUGUCUGUUGGAGGUAAUGUUGCUUUUGAAUGUUGUAAACAGGAACAGCCUCCCAUCACAUCAACGGACUUUACUAUUAACGGUAUUAAACCAUGGAAUGCAGAUGCACCUACCAACAUAAAGGGAUCAACGUAUAUGCAUGCUGGUUACUAUUACCCGAUUAAAAUUGUUUACUCGAAUGCCGUAUCCUGGGGUACGCUUCCUGUUAGUGUGGUAUUACCAGAUGGCACUGAAGUUAAUGACGAUUUUGAAGGAUAUGUUUAUUCUUUUGAUGAUAGUGUUACCGAAGCUCACUGUUCUGUUCCAAACCCUGCUGAUCAUGCAAAAACUUGCGUAUCAACAGCAACAUCUUCCUCAUCUUCUGAGGUCUGUACUGAGUGUACCAAGACCGAGUCUGCUAGCUCCACUGCACCAUAUGUCACCUCUUCCACCGACUCUGCUAGCUCCACCAGCUCUUCCUCAUCUUCUGAGGUCUGUACUGAGUGUACCGAGACCGAGUCUGCUAGCUCCACUGCACCAUAUGUCACCUCUUCCACCGAGUUUGCUAGCUCUACUGCACCAUAUGUCACCUCUUCCACCGAGUUUGCUAGCUCUACUGCACCAUAUGUCACCUCUUCCACCGAGUCUGCUAGCUCCACUGCACCAUAUGUCACCUCUUCCACCGAGUCUGCUAGCUCCUCCGCACCAUAUAUCACCUCUUCCACCGAGUCUGCAAGUUACACCAGCUCUUUCUCAUCUUCUGAGGUCUGUACUGAGUGUACCGAGACCGAGUCUGCUAGCUCCACUGCACCAUAUGUCACCUCUUCCACAGAGUCUGCUAGCUCUACUGCACCAUAUAUCACCUCUUCCACCGAGUCUGCUAGCUCCACUGCACCAUAUGUCACCUCUUCCACCGACUCUGCUAGCUCCACUGCACCAUAUAUCACCUCUUCCACCGAGUCUGCAAGUUACACCAGCUCUUUCUCAUCUUCUGAGGUCUGUACUGAGUGUACCGAGACCGAGUCUGCUAGCUCCACUGCACCAUAUGUCACCUCUUCCACAGAGUCUGCUAGCUCCACUGCACCAUAUAUCACCUCUUCCACCGAGUCUGCUAGCUCCACUGCACCAUAUGUCACCUCUUCCACCGACUCUGCUAGCUCCACUGCACCAUAUAUCACCUCUUCCACCGAGUCUGCUAGCUCCUCCGCACCAUAUAUCACCUCUUCCACCGAGUCUGCUAGCUACACUGCACCAUAUAUCACCUCUUCCACCGAGUCUGCUAGCUCCUCCGCACCAUAUAUCACCUCUUCCACCGAGUCUGCAAGUUACACCAGCUCUUUCUCAUCUUCUGAGGUCUGUACUGAGUGUACCGAGACCGAGUCUGCUAGCUCCACUGCACCAUAUUUCACCUCCUCCACCGAGUCUGCUAGCUCCUCCGCAUCAUAUAUCACCUCUUCCACCGAGUCUGCAAGUUACACCAGCUCUUCCUCAUCUUCUGAGGUCUGUACUGAGUGUACCGAGACCGAGUCUACCAGUUAUGUGACUCCAUAUGUCACCUCUUCCACUAGUUCUGCUAUUCCAUUUACUGCUUCAACUUCUAAUACCACGACAUCUUCGGUCCAAACGGAAACGACCGUUUCUUCCAGCUUAUCUUCAACUGUAAGGGAAUAUGCUAACGCUCUCACUUCAUCUUCAGAAUCGAGUACUUUUACAUCGUCAAAUAAGGCCACCGUCACAAGUUAUUUUACACCAUCCGUGCAUAGCAUUACACCCAUGUACCCUACUAAUCAAACCGUGACUGCCAGCUCUGUUGCCUCGACACUAAUUAAUUCUAAAUCAUCCGAAUCCUCAAACUUGGUUACCAUUCCGCUCUCAACCGCUACCUCUGAAACCCAAUUCUCCACUGCAAAAGCUAAGGUCACUAGUAUCUCCUCAUCACCAACUAAUUUGAUCACCAGUCCUACCACGUCAUUUGCAGAUUCAACUGUUAGUUCAUCCGCAACAUCUGUUAGCUUGACUUCUAGUGUUUCCUUACCAAGAGCUCAUUUGACAUCUAGUAAUUUGGUAUCAUCUAGUGAACAUAAUAUCCAUACCUCUUCCAUCGUCAGUUGGGACGAUCAACCAUCAUCAAUUUCCUCUUUAAUCAAUUUCAGCCCCUCCAAAUCCUACGAAUCAUAUAGUCCAUCUCUCACUCCAUCUAGUAUUUCAGGUGCCGAAUCUUCAAGUGCUCAAAUUGGAUCUGCUAGUACCUCUUCCUCCAGCGUUCAUGAACCUCCUCCUACCUCCACCUCCGUACAAAUGUCUUCUCAGUUUGCGACUUUAUUAUCUCCUAUUUUCACUGCUGCCGCCCAUUCUACCGAGCUCAAAAGCCAAAGUGAAACUACCAGUUCUACCACGGGGGUUAACUCAGACGAAAAUAAUGCCGGCGUUGGGCCUUUUUCAUCUGUUUCAUCUUCUAAAACAGAAGGAGCCAUCAGUGGUGAAACUUCUUCCGGAUUUUCCCGUGAUCGUACCACUGUAUAUAAGAAGACUUCAGUAACAUCUACCACAAAUCAACAAACCACUUUAGUUACUGUGACUACUUGUAAAUCAAGCAGCUGUUCAAAUACUGUUUCACCUGCUAUCGUUUCCACGACCACAACUACCAUCAAUGGGAUUACCACUGAAUAUACCACAUGGUGUCCUAUUUCUGCUACUGAAUCAACAAAGUUGAGCAAAUUAGAGUCAAACGAGAAAACUACCCUAGUUACGGUUACUUCUUGUCAGUCUGGUGUCUGUUCCGAAACCGCUUCUCCCGCUAUCGUUUCGACAGCCACUGCUACCGUCAACGAUGUCGUAACAGUUUAUUCCACAUGGAACCCACAAUCUACAAAUGAACAAGCCGUUAGUUCUGGGAUUGCAACUAGUGCCAAUGAGGCUUCAUCUGAUUCAGAGGCUGCUAAUACAAAAACUACAAGCAGUAACAACAGAACUUUUUCGUCUACAGCAUCUAGUUAUAUUGCGGCAUAUACAACUACUACAAGCAACGCGUCUAAAAAUAGCGACAUUGUUGUCCCUGCUUCUGAAACUGUCGGCAGCAAAGGAUUCACAACUUCCGGGUUAAUCAGUGUUUCCCAACAACCUCGCAGCGCUUCUCCAAGUGGUGUAGUAGCAUCUAGUACAGCCUCUUUAGAGAUGUCAAGCUACCUCGGUAUUGCGAAUCACCUACUAACCAAUAGUGGUCUUAGUGUUUUUAUUGCUUCGUUAUUACUGGCAAUCAUUUGA